GCUAAAAGUUAUAUUCAUAUCGAGUCCUACACCGCCAACUUCAGCCUCCAGGAAUCAACACCACCAGCCUCUGUGAGAUUUCUCUCUCUCUCUCUCUCCUCUCAGCUUCCUCUCCCAUUUCUCUCUCAUAAAUUCGCUGAAAUCCAAUCCUAUUUUCCUUUCAUUCACCAUGACAGUUGACAGAUACUUCAAAACUCAAAACGGGACUCUCUAAAACUGCUAAUUAAGUUUACUUGCAUGCUUGCUUGCAGCAGGUAAGUGGCAACUCCUCUCCUCCUUGAACCCUUUCUAGUACACAUAGCAUGAAGCUUUUGGUUCUCUUUUUGCUGCUGCAUGUGUGGAUACUUGUUGUUUCUGCUUUGAACUCAGAUGGGUUAACUUUAUUGUCACUCAGGAGGCACUGGACAUCUGUGCCUCCUUCCAUAACCUUGGGAUGGAAUGAUUCUGAUUCUAUCCCUUGUUCAUGGGAAGGCAUACAAUGUAACAAGAGAAUCCAUAAUGUCAUAUCUUUAAAUCUUUCCGGUUGUGCUAUUUCUGGUCAAUUGGGACCAGAGAUCGCACAUUUGGCCGAGUUGCAGAUCCUUAAUUUGGCCAAUAACAGCUUCUCUGGUGUGAUUCCAUCAGAACUGAGCAAUUGUACUCUACUGGAAAGCUUAGAUCUUUCUGAAAAUCAUUUUACUGGAGAAAUUCCGAAUAGCUUAAAAUAUCUGCGGAAUUUGAAGGUGUUGAGUCUUCACAGCAAUUCGCUGAGUGGAGAAAUACCUGAUGGGUUGUUUCAAAUUCCACAUUUAGAGACAAUAUUCCUGGACCAGAACAGUUUCAGUGGUUCAAUUCCUAGUAACAUUGGGAACUUGACUAAUGUUUCUGAGUUAUGGCUAGACCACAAUCUAUUAUCAGGCAUAAUUCCUCCUUCUAUAAGAAAUUGUAGUGAAUUGGAACAACUUUCUUUGAAUAAUAACAAAUUGGUGGGUCCUUUGCCUCAGUCUCUAAAUUUUCUUGAUAACCUCGUCGACUUGGAUGUCAGCAGUAACAGACUUCAAGGUAAUAUUCUUUUGGGUUUGGGCAAUUGCAAGAAUUUAGAAAGUCUAGUUUUGUCGUACAAUAAAUUUAGUGGGGAUCUUCCACAGGGUCUGGGCAACUGUAGUAGCUUAUCCAUAUUGGCCAUCGUGGGUAGCAACUUGACAGGCAAUAUCCCAUCUUCCUUUGGCUUGCUAGAUAAGCUUUCACUUCUUUACCUUACUGAAAAUCGUUUGUCUGGGAGAAUUCCACCUGAACUUGGGAAGUGCAAGUCGUUGACAGAAUUAAAGUUAUACAGAAACCAACUUGAGGGGGAAAUUCCAAUUGAAUUGGGAAUGCUGAGUGAACUGCAGAACCUAGAAUUGUUUGAGAACCGCUUGAAUGGUGAGAUUCCAAUUAGCAUCUGGAAAAUUCAAAGUCUUCGACAUGUUCUUUUGUAUAAGAACAAUCUUUCAGGUGAAUUACCUUUGGAGUUGACCCAUCUCAAGCGUCUGGAAGGUGUUUCGCUGUUUAACAACUCGUUCUUUGGAGUCAUACCUCAAAGUUUAGGAGUUAACAGCAGUUUAGAUUUGCUGGAGUUGAUGUAUAAUCAGUUCACUGGUCAAAUUCCACCAAAUCUCUGCUUUAGGCAGCGUUUAAGAGUUCUGAAUUUGGGUAAUAACCAUUUUCAAGGUAGCAUACCAUCUGAUGUAGGAAAAUGUCCAACUCUCUGGAGAACGAGACUUGAUCAUAAUAAUCUCUCAGGGGUUUUGCCAGAAUUUCUGGACAAUCCAAACCUUGCAUAUAUGAACAUCAAAGGUAACAACAUUAGUGGAAAAAUUCCUUCAAGCUUGGGGAAUUGCACGAAUCUCACUUCCAUUGACUUGUCCAUGAAUGGGCUUGGAGGUUUUAUACCUCCAGAGCUUGGUAACCUUGUAAAUCUUACAGAAGUGUUCCUGGCACAUAAUCAUUUGCAAGGUUGUUUGCCUCCUCAGCUAUCAACCUGGAAGAAAUUAGACGUAUUUGAUGUUGGGUUCAAUUCGUUGAACUGUUCAAUUCCAUCGAGUUUGCGGAACUUGACAAGUUUAUCCACUUUAAUUUUAGAAGAAAAUCGUUUUACUGGGGGCAUUCCACCAUUUUUGUCGGAACUUAAAAUGCUUAGUCUUCUAAGAAUGGGUGGAAACUUGCUGGCAGGGGAAAUUCCCUCUUCGAUUGGAACACUGAGGAAUCUUCAAUAUGGUUUGGAUCUCAGAAGUAAUGGAUUAAUUGGUCAUAUUCCUCGGGAGCUGGGGAAUUUGAGCAAGCUACAAAGUCUGGAUAUCUCUAGCAACAAUCUUACGGGAAGUUUGGAAGUUCUUAAUAGCUUGCAGUCACUAUUGGAAGUUAAUAUUUCAUACAACGGCUUCACUGGCUCAAUACCAGAAAAACUGAUGAAAUUGGUGAAUGAUUCUCCAUCAUCAUUCUUGGGCAAUCCUGGUCUCUGUCUCAAUUGUCCUCUGUCAGAUGGCUUGAAUUGUGUUGGAAACAGCAAUUUCAGAGUUUGUGCCAUUAGUUCCCACAAUGGAAAAAACCUUAGCAAAACUGAAAUUGCAAUAAUUGCCCUUGGAUCAUCAUUAGGUGUCUUUCUGCUUCUGGGAUUGGCUUGUGUGUUUCUGCUUUGCAGAAGAAGAAAGCAGCAUGAAGCAUUGGGAAGGAAGCCCACGGAGGAUGAUGAAUCCCUACUUAACCAAAUAAUGGAGGCUACUGAGAAUCUAAAUGACAAGUAUAUUGUUGGGAGGGGGGCCCAUGGAGAUGUUUUUAAGGCUGAAUUAGGUCCAGUAAAUGUUUUUGCAGUGAAGAAGCUUAAAUUUUCAGAUUACGAAGAUGGAAGUCGAAGCAUGAUCAGAGAAAUUCAAACCAUUGAGAGCAUAAGGCAUCGGAAUCUGGUGAAAGUGGAAGACUAUUGGUUUAGAAAAGAUUACGGAUUGAUCUUAUACAGGUACAUGGAAAAUGGGAAUCUUCAUGAUGUUUUAUAUGCAGCUAAUCAACAACGAAAGCUGGAAUGGAGUGCUCGCUAUAAAAUAGCAGUUGGAACUGCUCAUGGAUUGGCAUAUCUCCACCAUGAUUGUGAUCCCCCCAUAUUGCACAGAGACAUCAAACCACAGAAUAUACUCCUGGACUCUGAAAUGGAGCCUAGCAUCUCUGACUUUGGCAUUGCCAAGCUUCUUGAUCAGUCAUCUGCUUCAGGAACAUCCAUCUCGGUUUCUGGUACACUUGGAUACAUUGCACCAGAAAAUGCAUAUAUGACAGCAAGGGGUAAAGAAUCUGAUGUAUAUAGUUAUGGGGUCGUUUUGCUUGAAUUAAUAACCAGAAGGAAGCCAUCAGAUUCAUCAUUUAUGGAGGAAGUAGAUAUUGUUGGAUGGGUUAGGUCCCUCUGGAGUGAGACACAAGAUAUCACUGCAAUUGUUGAUUCAAGCCUGAUGGAGGAAACUGUGGAUUCAAAUGUUGCAGAACAGAUAAUUGGUGUGCUUUUAAUUGCAUUGAGAUGUACUGAGAAGGAGCCAAGCAGCAGACCUACAAUGAGAGAUGUUGUCAAGCAAUUGCUAGAUGUGAAUCCUCCUCAGAGGAAAAGAUACAGCAUGGUUUAGCUUCUAAUUGCACUGGUGGAUCAAAUUGUCAAUCCCCUUUUCUUUUCUUUCUAUUCACCAUCUUUGAGAUAAUAUCCUAUUUGGAAAAUUCUUGCUAGACCCUGUUGGAACUCACAUGUAAGAUAGAUGAAAUCCUUAUAAACAAAAGUAAGUUGGGUGGGCUUAA